GAUGAAUUUCAUCCAUUUAUCGAGGCACUGUUGCCUCAGGUCAAGUCCUUUUCGUACACGUGGUUCAACCUACAGGCGGCCAAACGGAAGUACUUCAAGAAACACGAGAAACGGAUGACUUUGGAUGAGGAGCGCAGGUGUAAAGAGGAACUACAGAAUGAGAGACUGGAAGUGAAGCAGAAAUGGGCGUCUCGUCUAUUGGGCAAAUUGCGGAAAGACAUCACUCAGGAGUGCAGAGAGGACUUCGUGUUGGGAAUCACUGGUAAGAAACGUGUCAAUUGUGUGCUCAGUAAUCCGGAUCAAAAGGGCAAAAUGCGGAGAAUCGAUUGCUUACGACAGGCCGAUAAGGUAUGGCGUCUCGACUUAGUUAUGGUUAUACUAUUCAAAGCCAUACCACUGGAGUCGACGGAUGGCGAGCGCCUGGAGAAAUCAAUUGAAUGCCUUCACCCGAGCCUAUGUGUCAACCCCUACCACAUCAACGUAUCCGUCCGGGAACUGGACCUAUAUUUGGCUAAUUUUAUCUUCAGUCACGGUAUGAGACACUCAUGACA